AUGGGUGAUUUACCGUCAACACGUACUACAACAAGUAGGCCAUUUUUAAAUGUAGGAAUCGACUACGGCGGGCCCUUUGUUAUAAAAAUUUCGCGAAACAAAACCGACAAGGCUUAUAUGUGUAUUUUUGUAUGUUUUUCGACUCGAGUGGUACAUUUAGAGUUAGUUGUAGAUUUAAGUACAGCAGCAUUCAUGAGAGUCUUACAAAGAUUUAUAGCUCGUCGGGGCAAAUGCGCAAGUAUAUAUUCGGAUAAUGCGAAGAACUUCGUAGGAGCAAACAACGAGUUGCGAGAAGUUGCUAUGUUACGGAAUCCAGAGCAUCACGCGAAGAUUUCAGAUUUUGUAGCUGAAAAUUCUAUUAAAUGGAUUUUCAUUCCCCCUCACUCCCCACACAUGGGAGGUUUUUGGGAGGCGUCUAUCAAAUCUGCAAAGGUUCACUUACGGAAAAUAAUUGGAACCACAUCACUUAGCUAUGAAGAAUUAUAUACUAUACUGGUACAAAUUGAAGCAUGCCUAAACUCGAAACCUCUGUGUCCGAUAUCCGACGAUGGCACAGAUUUGGCUGUUCUGACUCCAGGUCAUUUUAUAAUUAGAGUACCUUUGACGUCGCCUCCAGAAUUGGAUGUAUCCAACACGCCAAUUAACCAUUUAACCAGACAUCAAUUGUUAAUCCAGAUACGACAACAUUUUUGGACUAGAUGGUUCAAAGAGUAUUUAACUCAACUUCAGCAACGCCAAAAGUGGACACAUACGAAGGUCGACAUAAAGGUGGGCACAAUGGUAGUGCUACGAGAUGACAACACAUCUCCUUUGCAGUGGCGUCUAGGAAGAGUUAUCGACGUACACCCUGGAAAGGAUGGACUAAUUCGGAUAGUUGAUGUAAAAACAGCGAACGGAAUAUUACAGCGCAGCAUUCCAAAAAUCUGA